AUGUCUUGCUACGACCUGUGCUCCACUGCCGUUGGUGGUAUCAACCGCCCCCAGCCCCUCGCUGACAGCUGCAAUGAGCCGUGCGUCCGCCAGUGCCCCGACUCCACGACUGUGAUCCAGCCACCCCCGGUUGUCGUCACCUUCCCUGGCCCCAUCCUCAGCUCCUUCCCUCAGGAUUCCAUUGUGGGAUCCUCUGGAGCACCCGUCCUAGGGGGCUAUGGGGGCUCCCUGGGCUAUGGGGGUCUGUGGGGGUAUGGCUCCCUGGGCUAUGGGGGUCUGUGGGGCUACGGCUCCUCCCUGGGCAAUGGGGGUCUGUGGGGCUUUGGGGGCUCCCUGGGUUACAGGGGCCUCUAUGGCUAUGGUAGACCCUAUGGUUCUGCCUAUUGCAACCCUUACUCCUACUGGUACAACAGGUACGGCCGCGGCAGCUGCGGGCCCUGCUAA